GGUUCCCCAUUUCUGGUCCCCCCUAUUUCGGGCUGCCCUAUUUUGGGGUCUCCCCAGUUUUGGGGUGCCCCAAUUUGGGGUGACGCUGUGCCCCGGCAGGCAGGAGGAGGCCGAGCGGCGCCUGCCCCGGCGGCGCCUGGCACAGCUGGCACGGCUGGAGCCCGUCCUGCGCUGGGUGCGCGACUGCGACCACGCCCUCUACCAGGCCCUGGUGGAGAUGCUGGUGCCCGACGUGCUGCGCCCCAUCCCCAGUGCCCUCACCCAGGCCAUCCGGAACUUUGCCAAGAGCCUGGAGAGCUGGCUGGGCAAUGCCAUGGUCAGCAUGCCCGAGGAGCUGGUGCGGGUCAAGGCCGCAGCCGCGGGUGCGUUUGCCCAGACCCUGCGCCGUUACACCUCCCUGAACCACCUGGCGCAGGCGGCGCGGGCGGUGCUGCAGAACUCGGCCCAGAUCAGCCAAAUGCUCAGCGACCUCAACAGGGUGGACUUCGCCAACGUGCAGGAACAGGCCGCCUGGGUGUGCCGCUGCGAGUCCCGGGUUGUCCAGCGCCUCGAGCAGGAUUUCAAGGCCACGCUGGGCCAGCAGCACUCGCUGGAGCAGUGGGCGGCCUGGCUGGACGCCGUGGUGGCCAAAGUGCUGCGGCCGCACGUGGGCACGCCGGGGCUGCCCCGCGCCGCCAAGCUCUUCCUGCUCAAGUGGUCCUUCUACAGCUCGAUGGUGAUCCGGGACCUGACCCUGCGCAGCGCCGCCAGCUUCGGCUCCUUCCACCUCAUCCGGCUGCUCUACGACGAGUACAUGUACUACCUGGUGGAGCAGAGGGUGGCACGGGCACGGGGCACCUGCCCCAUCGCCGUCAUGGGCGAGUUCGCCAACCUGAGCUCCCUGAACUCGCAGGACCCCGACAAAGGCUCGUGCCCGCCCGAGUCGCGACAAUGGGGGGGCCGAGCGGGGCCCCCGGCAGCCGGGGCCCUGGCAGCCCGCCCCCCGCCCAAAACCCCCCGGGGCGCCGCCCCCGCCCCGCCCCCACCCGGGGGGCUCUUUGUGCAGGCGCUGCCCUCCAGCUGA